CGUAUAUAUUUUAUCGACUUUUCUGUUUUAUGUAUGUUUUGAUACCAUUAAAUACUACCGUACAUUUAUACUCUGCUUUGGAAUUUAAAACGCAUACAUAAAUAGGGACAUCAACAAAUUAAAAAAAAUGCGAUAAAAUUUUAUAUACUUCUGAACAUGUUGUCGCCGAAAGAAAUACUUAUUCUUACUUGUGGGAUCGUUGUUAUGUGUUUAAUAAUUUUAGGAUAUCAUACAGAAUCGUUUUCGAACUCGACUCUAUGUCCAGAUCAAGUUCAGCAAAUUAAAAACUAUUUGCUUCCCACAGAUGAUGUGAUUGACAAAAUGGACAAUGACUCUAUCUAUUUAGUAUUUGAACAAUACACAACAAGUACGCAGUUCUAUUGCGGUGCACCAUCAAGGCUUGGUCCCGACUCUGGUUCAGGAAAAAAUGUUUGUCUUGACAAACAAGUGAAGCCAGUGUCUUCAUCAUGUAUAGUGUAUUCUUUUGGUUCUAAACUAGAUUUUGCUUUUGAAACAGCAACGUGGAACUCAUUCAAGUGUCAAAUACAUACAUUUGAUCCAAGCAUUGCAGUGGAUUCUAAAGACAUACCUUAUUAUAUUAAUUACCACCUACUCGGGCUAUCUGGAAGAGAUUUCAUUCAAGAACAACCAGAAGUAUGGAGACAACAUGAUAGGCCAUUGGAAAGAGUUUGGAGAAUGCAGCGAUUGUCUACAAUAUUAAAACAAUUAUCCCAUACUGAUAAAGAAAUAGAUAUUCUCAAAAUUGACAUUGAAGGAUUUGAAUGGGAGACAAUGUCAGACAUCAUCCAAUCUGGUGCUUUGAAAAAUGUGAAACAACUCUGCCUAGAAGUGCAUUUUGGAUUUAGUUAUAAGCACGUUGUGCACGGGAAGAGUAUAACUCUUCGAUUCACAUCAAAUACAUGGGGAAAUGUUACAAUGGCAUACCAGUUAAAAGUUUUUAGUCAACUGUAUAAAGCAGGAUUUAGAAUAUUUAUGUACGAUGCCUUAGACUGGGGUUCUAGACAUAUCAAAGGAAAGACAAUACAUACCCUGAACGAGCUAUCUUUAAUAAAUCUGAAGUUUUAUGACUGAAAAGUAAUCUUUAUUUAAUUUGAUUUUAUUCUAGACUAUAUAAGGAUAAUAAUAAAUGUCUAUACCAAUAA